GAUAGGAGCAGCAAUAGGAGCAGCGAUAGCAGCAGCAUGCGUGCGGCCACCGAGGCUCAGGGCGCCACAACCACCUAAGGAACCCUCCGGAGCCUCCUCCUCCUCCUCCUCAUCUGCCCCCGGCUGAAACUUCCCUCUCCGGGCUUCCCCGGGGCUGGGGGCAGCUCGGCAGCCACAGCCGCAUGCAUGACACUCCGCAAAGGAGAGAAAAUGACCAUAAGUAUCCAGGAGCACAUGGCCAUUGACGUCUGCCCCGGCCCCAUCAAGCCCAUCAAGCAGAUCUCCGAUUACUUCCCCCGCUUCCCCCGCGGGCUCCCCGCCGCCGUCGGCCGCAGCAGCAGCGGCGCCCCUCGCCCCGCGCCCAGCCAGACCUCGGGCAGCCCCUCCGAGCAUCCCCGCGUCGAUGAGGAGGAUGUGGACCAGCUCUUCGGAGCGCACGGAGCGACGCCCGCCGAGCAGCCGGCCAGGAGCCAAGCGCCCGAGGAGCUGGUGGACCCCGAGGGCUACGAGUCGGACGAUUGCACCGCGCUGGGGACGCUGGAUUUCAGCUUGCUCUACGACCAGGAGAACAACGCUCUGCACUGCACCAUCAACAAAGCCAAGGGCCUGAAGCCAAUGGACCACAAUGGUUUGGCUGAUCCUUAUGUCAAGCUGCACUUGCUCCCCGGGGCCAGCAAGGCAAACAAGCUGAGAACCAAAACGCUGAGGAACACCCUGAACCCCACAUGGAACGAGACCCUCACCUACUAUGGCAUCACCGAUGAGGACAUGAUCCGCAAGACGCUCAGGAUCUCGGUGUGUGACGAGGACAAGUUCCGGCACAACGAGUUCAUCGGCGAGACGCGCAUCCCGCUGAAGAAACUGAAACCCAACCAGACCAAAAACUUCAACAUCUGCCUGGAGAAGCAGCUGCCGAUAGAUAAAACAGAGGACAAGUCGCUGGAGGAGCGUGGCAGGAUCCUCAUCUCCCUCAAGUACAGCUCGCAGAAGCAGGGGCUGCAGGUGGGCAUCAUGCGCUGCGCCCACCUGGCUGCCAUGGAUGCCAACGGCUACUCCGACCCCUACGUCAAAAUUUACUUGAAACCAGAUGAGGACAAGAAAUCCAAGCACAAGACAGCAGUGAAGAAGAAAACGCUGAACCCCGAGUUCAAUGAGGAGUUUUUCUAUGAGAUAAAGCACGGUGACCUGGCAAAGAAGACCCUGGAAGUCACUGUGUGGGACUAUGACAUCGGGAAAUCCAACGAUUUUAUAGGUGGAGUCGUGCUGGGAAUCAAUGCCAAAGGGGAGCGGCUCAAGCACUGGUUCGACUGCCUGAAGAACAAGGACAAGAAGAUCGAGCGCUGGCACACGCUGACCAACGAGCUGCCGGGCGCCGUGCUCAGCGACUGAGCCCCGCGGCUGCACAGCCUUGGGCUCCUCCCAGCUUUGGAUUUGGGGGAUCCCAGGACAGCCAGGACAGCAGGACACCCCCCAGCAGGGCCUGGCUGCAGGGAAGCCCUUCCCAGGGAAGAAGGCACAGGUGGUUUGCUCUGGCGUCUCCAGAACGCCUCUUUGCGCCCUGCCGCACUCGCAGCCCCGCUCUGCAGCGUGCACUGCACACUCACACUCACACUCACGCAGGUGUGCGCCCCUGCAUGCACUGCAGUCUGGCUCCUCUCCCAAAUCCUGCCUCUACUCACAGUUUACCUUCUCGCUGCCUUGCAAGUCAGUGGCAAAAAAAAAAAAAAUGAAUGCGUCCGUCCGCGUCCGUGUGUCCGGCAUCGGCAAAAGGCGUCCCCAAAAAACACACACAGAACCCAGAACUGUCUCCCUGGAGGCAGCUUGUGCCAUAUCUCUGGUGGUUUGUCAGUCUCUGUGGUUUGGGCCUAAACAGUCUUUUCUGCAUUUCAAGCUCCUCUGUUGGAAUGAUUGUGUCCCUGGUGAACCCGGACAGAGUGUUUGCUCUCCUUCCAGGAAUGGUGUGCUCGUCCUCUCCAGUGAAACUCACUGCAGGCAGCAGAGCUGUGCAGACCAAGCUUUUCCUCCUCCUGGGAUCAGGCAGCUUCACCUUUGGGAGGCAAAAUGAAAAAAGCUCCCUGGAACAGCCUGGCUGUUCCUGCUGCCCAGGAAGCAGCUCCUCUCCUAAUGAAACCAUGCCAUGCAGCAGCACGGCUGCUUUUCCAGCACAGCCAGCUUUCAGGUUGAAUUUUUCUAUAAUUUUUUCCCUUUUUUCAUCCCUUUCCAAUUCAUGCAUUAAAUAAUGAAGAUGCUGAGCCUCGGAGCUGAGCUGGAAUUGUGUUUGUAGCUCGGCAUGGCCGUGAGGUUGAUUCGUUUUCU